AUGACGCCGCAACUGAUUAAACAAUUGAUAUUGAUUGAGGCAUCUCCAUUGAGAUAUCCAGAAAACGAAAUUAGUAGAAUAGGCCAUAUUACAUUUCACAUGUUUCGAGCUAUGCUUUUCGUUAGAAAAACUAACUCUUUCAGAAAGGCUAGAGAGAUAUUUGAAGAAUAUUUUCAAGAUAAAAUAGAGAUUCCGGCACUUCGUGAUAUAAUUCUGUCGAAUCUACGAGAAGAUACUUUUGGUAUAAACUGGAAACUAAAUUUGAAAGUGAUGGAAAUAUCUGUAAUUCUGGAUAAAAUUUUUGAAAAAAUCUAUCCAUUACACGGCGUUUAUGACGGUAGAACUUUAGUGAUUCACACCUCUACCUCUGAAUCAAUCGCAACGGAUGAUUAUGGAAGUCUGAAGAAACACUUUCCCAAUGCUUCUUUUAAAUGCAUAGAAAAUUGCAGCAAUUGGAUUCACAUGGACAAACCGGACGAACUCAGAAAUAUUAUUUCUGAAUACACAUCAAGUAUUUAGUGGUCUAUGGAAGCUCUAAAAAUUAAGGUGUUGACGUAGGAAAGGUAGCAAGUGCAAAAUUGAAACAUUUUGGGUAAGAAAAAAUGAUUUGCGAUCAUCUUGUCCGUAACAAGUGAUCGCAAAUACUAGCAAAUUGAAACUGUACACUCUAAAUACAAGUAACACCUUAACACUGGGGUAGUUCAAUCACUUUACUAAACGUUUUUCGGCUGUAUUGAUGAGCUGUAGUCAGGUAAACAGUGUUCGAAUUCGGAACAACUUGUCAUCGAGCAUUGAAAUAUUUCUAAAAAUGGAAUUAUCAUCAAAAAAUAACUUUUUCUAACUUUUUCUUGAUGUUAAUAAAAAUAAAUAAAUAAAUAGAGGAACCCCUGACGUGGGCUCAUCGAUAGGGCCAAAAACCUUUAGUAAAAUGAUUUAACUACCCUAGUGUUUAGGUGUUGUUUGUAUUUAGUUGAAAAUAAAAGCUGGAUUAUAAUGAAUUUCUACUAUAUACUCUAUCUGUGUUGCAAAUUUAAUUUAAAAAAUUAGGAAUAAUUUUGUCUGUAAAUGCCUUCAUUAUAGCAAAUUCAAUAUGGAAAAAGUCCUAUGUGAAAUGAGCAAUUAUUUAUUAUAACAUCGUCACAAAAUUUCAAUUUUAAAUCGUAUUUUAAUUAAUUUAAUUUAAAAUAUAUUAUCUCUAUCCCAAAUUAGUAGUAAAUUGCCCCUGCACAUGACACUUUUAUUUUAACAAUAGAAUCGUGCUGAUCAUUUAUCUAAAACCUUUUAGGGGAAACUUUUUAAAAUUGAAUUAAUAUGAUUUCCGGUUUGCAUCAGAAGUUCGUAUAUAGGUAAUCGGGGCCUUCUUUCCCUAAGGUUUCCAUAAGGAAGACAGACAAACGGGCGUCAGUGAGAAUUUAUAGGUCUACAAUUUUUUCAAAUUGCAAGUCAACUACUAGCAGCAAUUUUUCAACUGUUUCUUUCGUGUUGGGCUACUACUAAUCUGUAUUAAUGGCAUUGGCGUUUACUACCUUUGAUUAAUAUAUAAAAAAUUGAAACGUCGAAUUUGUGGUACUUACUACUUUUCCCAUGUCAACUUCUCA